AUGGCAUUCAGCCUAGGUCGACCCCGAGCAAUCAAUACCAGCGACUGUACAAUCACAACACCGUUGGAUCGGGACAUACCGGUAGAUCCGGCAAAAACGGUACCAACGGCUCUGUUUCCACACGAGCCUCCGUCCUCUUUCACACCUCAUCUCUUUCAGUACGCCAUUUGCCAGCAGAUACACGAAGCCAUGUCGCUAGGUAUCCACAAGCGCUAUCUUGAAGACUACAGCUUAGUCAAGACUCUUCACGAUCGUGUCCUAUAUUUAUUGAGCAACUUGCCACCGGUGCACAGACUGGUGAACCCGGAUACAUUCUGGGAUUUAAGCCAUCCCCACAUUCCAAAACAACGCCAGCAAAUAUCCACUGCCGCAAACUCCUUCCUCAUGGCCCUUCACAGGCCACAUGCGAAAACACACGUGGCAAGCCUCAGUGCUGCAAUCGAGGCAGCAAUCUCGACAUUGGAUGCCCAAGAACGCCUCUUUGACCUGAUGUCUACACGAUAUUAUAGUAUCUACGCGCUGUCUGUCUACACCGUUGAUGCAGCGAUCUUCCUAUCCGUCACCAUCCUUGAACAUCCUCCCUCGGAUCCUGGUAUAUUGCAUCGCAUUCACCAUGCAGUUGAGAAAGCCACACGUCGUCUCGAGUCGGCCCAAGAAAGAAUUUCAUUGGCCAGGGCGGGCUUGCAGAUAUUGAAACACUGCCACCUUAAGAUGCAAUCUCUAUCACACCCCCAGAUAUACGCUCUACAAAACACCGCUCAUCAACCCAACCCAUUAGCGAACAGCAUCAAUACCGCCCAGACCCAGAUUGAAAACCCAUCUGACCUUUUCUCAUGGGAUUUUGCCAAUCUCCCUGAGUCAGGCACUAUGCCUAUCAUCGACACAAGCCAGCUUGAUAGUACUGUGAUGUUUGAAGAUAUCACAGUCUCAAACUUUGAUAUAGAGUCAUGGGUGAAACAUAUGAGCCAAAUGAAUAAUUUGGAAUGA